AUGCUUGAAAUACUAUCGUUAUACAAGGACAUCCCCACCUUCAAAGUGAAAUCAAAGUACAGGACGCAUGAACAACAACAACAACCGCAGCAGAGUCAGUAUUUCCCAAAUUUUAAGUUAUUGGUUGAGUACUUGUUCAGAAAGGGCAGUCAAGAGGCAGAUAUAAACCACCCUAUUCUCGUCAUACUUCCUUCUGAAAAGGAAGAUAAGCACCACCAUCACCAUCGCCACCACCACCCUCAUCAUAAACAUCACCAACAUCGACACCUGAAUCGUCACCCACAGCAGCAUCAACUGGACAAGGCCCAUGCACUGUUAGCACUGCUUCUGUUUAAAGAUAGAGUCAUUUUAUUAGACUACUUUUUUGGCCACUUGAACAUUGUCAUUAUACCACAUGAUCACGAUAACUUGCCUUCAUUACAACACCAACUCAGUUCCAUUGUUGAUAAACUUUACCACAGAAUAUCUCGAAUUGGUAUUUGGUCAGGUACAACAAUGGUACAAAAUGCAUUUGAUACCAAACAUAGAAUACCGACAAUGGCAGAACUAUUGUACAAAAACAUCACAAGAUCGCGUCAUGCUACUCAACAUUUGUAUAAAUUGAAGCAAUUGGUAUUAUCAGAGAUUGAUUUUUUCAACUUGUUAUCCAACACUUCCCCUGCACAUUUAUCAUAUCUUUGUUCCACAGUGGGUAAUUGGGCAUUCCCAGCUCAUGAGUUAUCGAAUGAUGAUCUAGUUUAUUGUGUGUAUGUGAUGAUCAAUUAUGCGUUACAACAAAUUGCCCAUUACCAAGAGGAAGCUGAUGCAAGCUUUGUUAAGGAUUUACAUAUUCCUGAUAGAAAUGAGUUGUUGGCGUUCAUUUUCAUUGUUAGAGAUACUUAUAGAUCCGGCAACCCUUUCCAUAAUUUCCGUCAUGCUGUUGAUGUCUUGCAAGCAUGCUUUCAUUUCCUAGUUCGCCUAGGCUGUUUACCACAAUUUAAACAAUUUAUUGUUGAUCCUUAUCAAGUGGAUAAAUUAGAAUGGACUAAAAAUGAGGAGUAUGUUGAAUUGAUUGCCACUAGUCGUGUUUUCAGCUCGGUUGAUUUGACGCAGGUUUUGUCAAAAGCGGUAGGCAGGUCUAGCAGCAGCGUUGGCGACAAAAGCAACUCCAUUUCAUCAAUGUCAUCGUCAUCACUAUCUAAAUUGGAUUCACCAGCAGAUUCAGAAGUAUCAACUGCUUCUACUGUAAAGCAACCUCGAAAACCCAAUUUAAACCUAGUCCAAACGUUGGGCUUGUUAGUGGCUGCUUUAGGCCAUGAUGUUGGGCACCCGGGAACUACCAAUGCAUUCAUGAUCAAAAAUAGGACUCCUACGUCAUUAGUCUACAAUGAUCGGUCGGUGUUGGAGUCGUAUCAUGCAUCAAUAUUUAUCAAUAAAGUGCUUAAUGUGUGUUGGCCUAGUUUAUUACAAACAAAGAUCGAUGAGGAUUCGUUAUUGAAUUUACAUGAUUUAAUCGUUUCUUCAAUUUUAGCUACAGACAUGGGAGAACAUUUUGAAUACAUGUCUAAAUUGAAAAACUUUAGUGAUCGUACCAAUGCAAAUGACGAUGCGUCAGACGCUGCUAGUGAAGCACAAGAGUCUAUGAGUAACGACAAUAAAAUCAAGUUGAUUUCUGCUCUACUUAUCAAGUGUGCCGAUAUAUCCAACGUCACAAGGCCGUUGCGUGUUUCAUCACAAUGGGCUGUUGUGUUGCAGCGUGAGUUUGACGAGGUUAACCAACUUGAUAAGUUGUUAAACAAGCAACAAGAGGAAGAAGAAGAGCAACAGCAGCCUGGCCAACAAGAACUUACUGCUGAUGAUGAUGAUGACGAUGAAGAUACCGAUACUACUACACGAUCAUCAAUUUCGUCAUCAAGAACAUCAUUCUCUGACGAUGCUCAAGGAGCAGAAUGGUUUUAUGAAUUAGAACAACAACAAGAAAUUGAGUAUGAGAACUUACCAUUUGAAUUGAAUGAAAUCUUGCACAAUAAACCAAAUAUCCCCCUGGGGCAAUUGUUUUUCAUUGGCACGUUUGCUGAAAACUUGUUUAAUAAUAUAAGUCAAGUGUAUCCUAGUUUGAGUUAUACUUGUCAGAUUAUUAAUGAUAAUAAGCUGUAUUGGUUGGAGAGGAAAGGGGAACUGAAGUGA